AGAGGAAAUGUUUGUGUCAUAUUUAUAUUCCCUGGUGCCUCACUUUGCGACAAAGAUGUAUCCAGUAUUUGUGUUUUUCGGAGUUUUAGCGAUAUCUCACGGAUAUGUUAAUGUUGCCAUAAACAAACCAACAUUUCAACAAUACCCUGUACUAGAUGACGACAAAUUUGACUCCAGUAACGCUGUGGACGGACGUAAAUCUGACCUGAGCGAGGAUGGAGGUCAAUGUGCUGUAUCAGCUCAAGAACAAACCGCCACCUUGUGGGUGAACCUGACCAGUAUCCACAGCAUCCAUCACAUCACGGUCUACUUCAUGACGGACAAUGAUCCAUGGGGUAUAGUCACAUUCACUUAA